CCCGCGGGUGCCGCGGCGGCGGGGCGAUGCGGGCCGCGCUCACCUGGCGCGACAAGGCCGAGCAGUGUAUUUAUGAUCUCACAUUCAAACCGGAUGGGACUCAGCUGAUAAUUGCUGCUGGAAAUAGACUACUGGUAUAUGAUACUUCUGAUGGAACCUUAAUCCAGCCUUUGAAAGGACAUAAGGACACUGUAUAUUGUGUGGCUUAUGCUAAAGAUGGCAAACGGUUUGCAUCUGGCUCAGCAGAUAAGAGUGUGAUAAUUUGGACUUCAAAGUUAGAAGGAAUUCUGAAAUACACGCAUAAUGACUCUAUACAAUGCGUUUCAUACAAUCCUCUUACUCAUCAGUUGGCAUCCUGCUCUUCCAGUGAUUUUGGUUUGUGGUCUCCUGAGCAGAAGUCAGUCUCUAAACAUAAAACUAGCAGUAAGAUUACUUGCUGUAGCUGGACAAAUGAUGGCCAAUACCUUGCUUUGGGGAUGUUCAAUGGCAUUGUCAGCAUAAGAAAUAAAAAUGGUGAAGAGAAAGUUAAAAUAGAGCGUACAGGAGGUGCUGCUUCUCCAGUAUGGUCAAUUUGUUGGAAUCCAUCCAGAGAUGAACACAAUGAUAUUUUAGCUGUGGCAGACUGGGGUCAAAAACUUUCCUUUUAUCAGCUUAGUGGCAAACAGAUUGGAAAGGACAGAAUGCUCAAUUUUGAUCCUUGCUGUGUCAGCUAUUUUACUAAAGGAGAAUAUAUUUUACUAGGAGGUUCAGAUAAACAAGUUUCCCUCUUCACAAAGGAUGGUGUGCGUCUUGGUACCAUAGGAGAGCAAAGCAGUUGGGUGUGGACAUGCAAAGUUAAACCAGACUCCAACUAUGUGGCAGUGGGAUGCCAAGAUGGAACAAUAUCCUUUUAUCAACUGAUUUUCAGCACAGUUCAUGGCCUUUAUAAAGAUCGUUAUGCUUACAGAGACAACAUGACAGAUGUUAUUGUCCAACAUCUCAUCACUGAACAGAAAGUUAGAAUAAAAGGCAGAGAGCUUGUAAAGAAAAUUGCAAUCUACAAAAACAGAUUGGCAAUCCAGAUGCCAGAGAAAAUCUUGAUUUAUGAGUUAUACUCAGAUGAUUCUUCAGACAUGUAUUAUCGGGUGAAGGAAAAAAUAUUAAAAAAAUUUGAAUGCAACUUGCUGGUUGUAUGUUCAGCUCACAUAAUUUUAUGCCAGGAGAAAAGAUUACAGUGCCUCUCAUUUAGUGGCGUUAAAGAACGAGAAUGGCUUAUGGAAUCUCUUAUUCGUUACAUUAAAGCAAUUGGAGGACCUCCAGGAAGAGAAGGCCUCUUAGUUGGUCUAAAGAAUGGUCAGAUUCUGAAGAUAUUUGUUGAUAAUGUCUUCGCAAUCGUCCUGUUGAAGCAAUCCACAGCUGUGCGUUGUCUGGAUAUGAGUGCAUCCCGAAACAAGCUAGCAGUGGUUGAUGAAAAUGAUACCUGCUUAGUAUAUGAUAUUCAUACCAAAGAGUUGUUGUUUCAGGAACCCAAUGCUAAUAGUGUGGCUUGGAACGCACAGUGUGAGGAUAUGCUCUGCUUUUCUGGAGGGGGUUACCUCAAUAUCAAAGCUAGCAACUUCCCUGUCCAUCAGCAAAAACUUCAAGGCUUUGUUGUGGGAUACAACGGCUCCAAAAUCUUCUGUCUUCAUGUUUUUUCUAUGUCAGCUGUUGAAGUUCCACAGUCUGCACCAAUGUAUCAAUAUCUGGAACGAAAAAUGUUUAAAGAAGCCUAUCAAAUUGCGUGUUUAGGAGUAACCAAUACUGACUGGAAAGAGCUGGCUAUGGAAGCUUUAGAAGGGCUGGAGUUUGAAACUGCUAAAAAGGCGUUUACCAGAAUACGAGACCUUAGAUACUUGGAAUUGAUCAGCAGCAUCGAGGAGCGGAAGAAGCACGGUGAGAACAACAAUGAAUUGUUCCUAGCAGAUGUUUAUGCCUAUCAGGGAAAAUUUCAUGAAGCAGCUAAAUUGUACAAAAAGAGUGGACAUGAAAACCUGGCUCUCGAUAUGUACUCUGAUUUACGCAUGUUUGACUAUGCUAAGGAUUUUCUGGGAUCUGGAGACCCUAAAGAUACAAAGAUGCUAAUAAAAAAACAAGCGGAUUGGGCCAAGAAUAUCAAUGAACCAAAAGCAGCAGUGGAGAUGUACCUCUCUGCUGGCGAGCACAUGAAGGCCAUAGAAAUCAGUGGGGACCAUGGCUGGGUUGACAUGUUAAUUGAAAUAGCUCGAAAACUGGAUAAAGCUGAGCGUGAGCCUUUGUCAAAAUGUGCCUUCUAUUUUAAGAAACUUGAUAACCCUGGCUAUGCAGCAGAAACCUACAUGAAGGUUGGAGACCUGAAAGCAUUGAUCCAUCUCCAUGUAGAGACUCAUCGCUGGGAAGAAGCCUUUGCAUUGACUGAAAAGCAUUCUGAAUUCAAAGAUGAUGUCUAUGUCCCUUAUGCUCAGUGGCUAGCAGAGAAUGAUAGAUUUGAAGAAGCACAAAAAGCAUUCCACAAGGCUGGCAGGCAAAGUGAAGCUGUAAGAGUGCUGGAGCAGCUAACUCACAAUGCUGUUGUAGAAAGCCGAUUUAAUGAUGCUGCCUAUUAUUACUGGAUGCUCUCCAUGCAGUGUUUAGAUAUAGCACAAGAGAAUGAACAACAGAAGACUGAAAUGUUACAGAAAUUUCAUCACUUCCAGCAUUUGGCAGAAGUUUACCACGUCUAUCAUUUUAUUCAAAGAUACACCGAGGAGCCUUUCAGUUUCCACUUGCCUGAAACACUCUUCAAUAUUUCCAGGUUUCUGCUUCACAGCUUAACGAAAGAGACUCCUCUGGGGAUCUCGAAAGUGAAUACGUUAUUUGCUCUUGCAAAACAGAGCAAAGCUCUUGGUGCAUAUAAACUAGCUCGUCAUGCCUAUGACAAGUUACAGGGACUCCAGAUCCCAGCGAGGUUCCAGAAAUCAAUUGAGCUGGGCAGCCUGACAAUCCGGUCCAAACCGUUCCAUGACAGUGAAGAGCUUGUGCCCUUGUGUUAUAGGUGCUCUACCAACAACCCUUUGCUAAAUAACUUGGGGAAUGUCUGCAUUAACUGCAGACAACCUUUCGUCUUCUCCGCUUCCUCUUACGAAGUACUGCAUCUGGUUGAGUUCUAUUUGGAAGAUGGCAUCACAGAUGAAGAAGCUGUAGCUCUCAUUGAUCUUGAAGCUCCAAGGUUGAAUAAAAGAGCAAAUAAAUGGCAAGAGAUGAUGAGUGAUAAUGCACAGAGUUUGAGGCUUGAUGACCACACAGGUAUUACUGAAGAUGAUGAUCCCUUUACAGCAAAACUGAGCUUUGAGCAAGGAGGGUCAGAAUUUGUUCCAGUGGUUGUGAAUCGUGCUGUUCUCCAAUCAAUGAGCCGGAGGGACGUCCUGAUUAAACGCUGGCCAAAGCCAUUACGGUGGCAGUACUACCGUUCCUUGCUACCGGAUGCCUCCAUUACCAUGUGUCCAUCAUGUUUUCAGAUGUUUCACUCAGAAGACUAUGAGCUUCUAGUACUUCAGCAUAAUUGUUGUCCAUUCUGUCGAAGGAGAAUAGACGACUCAAAUCAAUGAAGAUGAACAAUUUUAUACCUCAAAUGAGAGACUUUGAUACUGGCUUGGUGGUACACUUGUUACAUUCUUAGUGUUUUCCUAACAACUAGUUAAGUCAUCUUACUCCAUUUUGCAUAUAACAGCACAACUAAGUUGAAAAAAAUGUAACUAUUUUUUUAAAAGAAAAUGUCUGUUUAUGAAUGUCCUCUACAUUUUCCAGGCAAGCAGCUGAAGUGCCACAGACUUUACAGGAAUGUUUUUAGGGUCAAGUUCAGUCCUGAAGUAAUCAUUGUUUUUACUCUAACUUGUGUUAGACCUGGAUUGGUCUUUAUGUACUUGUUACUGACAGAAUUUCAAAUAAAUAGGGCCAUUUUUCAUUACUGUGUGUCUCAGGAAACUUAGUAUUAUUCUUCUGAGCUUUUACUUCCUUGCCGUGUCAUCUAAGCAAGAACUGCAUUAGAGUUAAGAGCUCUUAAGGAGUGAUCUUAGGAGUUGCACUGUUUUUGGCAUCAAGGACUAUCUCCCAAAGCCACACAGAGCUGGGAGUCAAAGGUAAGCUUCUAACCUGUGUAGACUUAACACAUGUUAAAAUCCAGAAUGACAGGUGGUGCAUUUAAGUACACGUAUCAUGUAAACCAUGGUACCCAGACAUAGAGACCUUAUCAGUCCACUGCCACUUAUGUAGUCCUAGUUAAAUUUGAUUUUUAGCAUGUUUACCACUAGUAAGGGAAAAGCCAUUGACCUAAUGGGCUAAGCUGAAUAUAUUUGCAUACUUGUAAAAUACGCCAGGUUACCAGGCCUGAAGACUAAAGCGUUUGAGGGCUGAUAGUCUGCCAGUGCUUUCCAACAGUUCUCCUAUGCCUAAGGUAGGAGAGGUCUUCACAGUCUGCUGAAAAGUCAUAAAUGAUGUAACUUGCUGUAGCACUAAAAGCAUGGGAUGCUUCCCAGGAAUGCUAGCAUCUUGUCUGUUAUCAUGGAGCUCUCAUGUUGCUCUUGUGAUCUGAGUGUACCUUUGUGGUCUGGGCACUCAAGGCUGGCUGAAGUAGUGCAGAUCCAUGGACCACAGUGCUGGUCAGCAGAGGCGACGUGCCUAAUGGAGUAUUUCAGCACCAGCUUUGCUUCAACUCAGAGCCAUGGGAAGCAAAAGAGGUGGAGGGGAGGUGAUGGAGCUGCCUUCCAAUUCAGCCUCUUGCUUCCCACUCCCCCUCUAAUUUUGCCAACUGAGUGUCAAAACCAACAGUAUUUUAGUGAUGCAGCACUUGAUCAAAAUUCUCGUGGAUGAUUGAAUUUUCCUGAAAAUGGUCACUGAGUAGUUAAUCAAGUGGGCUGGAUUUGAACUGAAAAAUGUUAGAUCAUUAGACUUUAAUCCAGUAUAAAUUGUGCUCAUGUAACCACAAAUUAUAUUGUUGUUAUGACAUCCUGACUGUCACAAGCCUUUCUUUGUUUUCAGUGGAAAAUUUUAUUCUUCUUUACUGUCUAAACUGUUGGCUAAGGGUGCUGGGUGCUGCUAGCACAGCUACCAUGUAAACAAUGCCACUUUUCAUGUGAAGUGAUGUCUCUGUGUCUGCUCAAGUUGUUCUUGAAAGUGAUGCUCCAAAAUGACAUGACAGGGUUUCUGAGUCCUUCAGUGAUUUCUGAUCAAAUUGCUUAAUUUACAACUUUAAAAACAUUCUGUUCUAAUUACCACUUGUCUGCUUUCUGACUCAUAUAUCACUGUUUGCAAUAAAGACUCUGC